AUGUGGGCCCUGCGGGCCGCCGUACGCCCGGUCCGGCUCUUCCGCGUAGGCCGAGGCCGCCCGGUUCCAAGGACCGUGCCAUGGCCGCAUUACCCCGCAAACGCGCUGUCCGCCACCGGACGGUGGGGCUCGGGGAGCCGGGAUGGGCCACGGGCGGAGGCGGGAAGCGGAGUGGGAGAUGAGGAGGACCCACACAAUGAAGAGGAAGAGGAGGAGGAGCUGUGUAGAGACCCUCUGCUGCCGCCGACCCAGCGUGUGUGCUUGGUGCACCCGGAAGUCAAAGGGGAAGCGGGGAAACAGCGGCUGACUAGAGCCGAGUGGCAGGUGGCAGAGGCCACAGCGUUGGUGCACACCUUGGACGGCUGGUCCGUGGUGCAGACGGUGCUGUGCCCACCAGAACGCCCGACAGGAGUUCUUCAGGCAAAGGGAGGCCUGGAGGACCUGACAGGUGACUCUUGGACCUCUUCUGACCCCUGCUUUGCUAAAAAAUCAGAGGGGUCCAGAAAUCACGUCUGUCUUCCUAACGUGGAGAGGAUGGCCGUCCCAACCAAGAGAGAGCUGGAGGCCGCCUGGGGUGUGGAGGUGUUCGACCGCUUCACCAUCGUCCUGCACAUUUUCCGCUGUAAUGCGCGCACAAAGGAAGCCAGGCUGCAGGUGGCGCUGGCUGAGAUCCCCCUCCUCAG